UGGAACGACUGUGCUAAUAAGCUGUAUCAACUCUUACAACCCUAUUCUGAGAUAGACCUUUGAAGCUGCUUGCUUGGAAAUGGGGGUCGAGAUUAAGCUAUCAUUCCCAGCCGAUAGCCCGCCGCUAUCAGUCAUCGCUGCUGCGAAGAUUGCCGGAGUUCAUUUAUCCGAGGAUCCAACUCUUUCCUCUGGCUCUCCUCCCACGUUUCUCUUUCAUAACGGUCAAACAUUGCGUGGUAUCAAUGUGCUUCUUCGUUAUGUGGGUCGAGCAGCUAGCAUUCCCAGUUUCUAUAACCGGGACACAUGUGAAUCGAGCCAGAUUGAUGAAUGGCUUGAUUAUGCCCCAAUUCUAGCAUCAGGGUCCGGAUUUGAAGCAGCAUGUAGUCACAUAGAUGACUACUUGUUGAAGCGUACCUUCAUUGUGGGGCAUAGUUUAUCAAUUGCAGAUAUAGCCAUUUGGGCUGGUCUUGCAGGAACUGGGCCGAGAUGGGAAAGUCUUAGGAAGUCAAAAAAGUUUCAAAAUCUUGUUAGAUUGUUCAACUCAUUAUAUACAGAACAUGAUGCCAUCUUGAAUGAAGUCACGUCAGUUUAUGUUGCUAAGAAAGGCGCAGGAAAGGCUAUAGUGAAAGGAAAGGAUCUACAGCAGUCGAACGUUGACACACGAAAUAGUCGGCCUACAUUCGAAGUGGAUCUACCUGGAGCUGAAAUGGGAAAAGUUUGUUUGCGUUUUGCACCUGAACCUAGCGGUUACCUUCACAUUGGUCAUGCAAAAGCGGCAUUAUUAAACCAGUAUUUUGCUCAAAGGUAUCAAGGGCAAGUGAUUAUACGGUUUGAUGAUACAAACCCAGCUAAAGAAAGCAAUGAAUUUGUCGAGAAUCUUCUUAUAGACAUAGAAACCUUGGGAAUCAAGUAUGAAACUGUCACGUACACAUCUGAUUACUUCCCACAGUUAAUGGAAUUGGCUGAAAAGAUGAUUAAAGUAGGUAAAGCUUAUGUUGAUGAUACCCCACGUGAACAAAUGCAAAAAGAAAGAAUGGAUGGUAUUGAGUCAAAAUGCAGGAAUCAUACUCCUGAAGAAAAUCUGAGGUUGUGGAAAGAAAUGAUUGCUGGAUCCGAAAGGGGUUUGCAAUGUUGUGUUCGUGGGAAAUUGGAUAUGCAAGAUCCAAACAAGUCACUAAGGGAUCCGGUUUAUUAUCGAUGCAAUCCAAUUCCACAUCAUCGAAUUGGAUCGAAAUACAAGAUAUAUCCUACUUAUGAUUUUGCAUGUCCAUUUGUGGAUUCUUUAGAAGGAAUAACUCAUGCAUUAAGAUCUAGUGAGUACCACGACCGAAAUGCUCAGUAUUAUCGAAUUCAAGAGGAUAUGGGAGUUCGGAAGGUUCAGAUUUAUGAGUUUAGCCGGCUAAAUAUGGUGUAUACACUCCUUAGUAAGCGUAAACUCUUGUGGUUUGUCCAGAAUGGGAAGGUUGAUGGAUGGGACGAUCCACGCUUCCCAACUGUUCAAGGAAUUGUGCGUAGAGGGUUGAAGAUCGAGGCAUUGAUUCAAUUCAUUCUUGAACAAGGUGCAUCAAAGAAUCUGAAUCUCAUGGAAUGGGAUAAACUCUGGACAAUCAAUAAGAAGAUAUUCGAUCCCAUUUGUGCACGACACACUGCCGUAAUCGAUGAACGACGUGUGUUUCUGACGCUAUCUGACGGACCCAAGAAACCAUUUGUCAGAAUCACUCCAAGGCAUAAAAAGUACGAAGGUGCAGGCAAGAAGGCUACGACUUACACCAGCAGAAUAUGGCUCGAUUAUGCUGACGCAGAAUCCAUUUCAGUCAAUGAAGAAGUCACUCUAAUGGAUUGGGGGAAUGCAAUUGUGAAGGAAAUAAAAAAGGACGAGAAUGGAAACAUAACUGAAUUGUUCGGUUGUUUGAAUCUAGAAGGUUCCGUCAAGACAACAAAAUUGAAGCUCACGUGGCUUCCUGAAAUAGAUGAGCUCGUCAAUAUAUCCUUGAUGGAAUUCGACUAUUUAAUUACCAAAAAGAAGUUGGAAGAAGGGGAGGAUUUUGUUGACGUGUUGAACCUGUGUACGAAGAAGGAGACUGCAGCGAUUGGGGAUUCAAAUAUGCGAAACUUGAAACGAGGAGAGGUAUUGCAGUUGGAGAGGAAAGGCUAUUUCAGGUGUGAUGUUCCAUUUGUCCGUCAGUCGAAGCCCAUUGUUUUGUUUGCGAUUCCAGAUGGUAGGCAACAAACUGUUCUAAAGCAGUAAAUUUCAUUUUGUUUUGAAGAUUUUGACUGAGUUUUUCUUAUCGCUGGAAAAUUAAUGUCCUUAUGGGAGAUUUACAUGAAUUUGUUUAAUUUAUUUUCUCUUGCACAA